UUCACAAGUUCCUUCCGUAUAUCCAAUACAACAAAAUUUACAGUAUACAUUGGGUUAUCCUAAUGAAAAAAGUUUACAGCCUAUGUUGAGUGAUGAAGCACUACCAAUUUUUGGUUCACAAGCUCUUUCCAUAUAUUCUAAUGAACAUAGUUUACCGAAUGAUGAGAUAUUACCAGCUUUUGAUUCACAAGUUCUUUCUAUAUACUCUAUUGAACAAAGUUCACAACCUAUGUUAAGUGAUGAAAUAUUAUUGGCUUCUAGUUCACAAGUUUCUUCUAUAUACUCUAUACAACAAGAAUGUGCAUCACCUGGAUCUAAUAUGUCGAACACCAAUGAUAUAGACAAUGGAUCUGUUAAUUAUGAUAUAUCUGAUUUAAAUGAACAACAAAAUGUUGAAUUUGAAAAUUAA